CUGCUCAGAGGAGAUCACUCAUGGACCCCAAAAAAAUCGCCAAUUUCUCGCUGUGACCCCGUAUCAUCCAGGCAAAACUGCCUGGCCCCUGGGGAAGAGACCUAUCACACCAUCAUCCAGGAAUGGCCACCCACUCCGAGUCCGGAGAGCUCUACGCCAGCUUUGUGUGUGAUGGGAGGGUUCAUGCAGCCACAGGCGUCACGGCAGGUGAUG